GAAAACUUCCAAGGCAUUGAGUGGUGGGCUGGCCCCCUGUCACUGGAUGGAAGCUGCGGAAGCCCAAGCUGGCCCCUGUCAGUCUUGGCAUUCCUCUCGAUGCCACCCUCGAUGUCCCUUGUCCAUCUCCACUGGUUUCGGGCUGGAAUGACGAACAACGGGCUGGCGGGACGCUGCUUCUUGUCUUUAACCAUCCGUCUCCAAAAGCUCGUCAGAGAGGCCGUCACCCCGUCACACUCCCUAGUCAGCGUUUUCUGCAACGCCGUUGUCUGUCAACAAAUAGAGACAUCCGAUCUUCGAUCUGGGUGGCUAUCAACAGGCAAAUUUCGAGCAUCAAGUCUCGCGAAGUCUUUGUUCUCCUCUCCCGCCCCCCCGGCAUCUUCCAGGCUCUUUUACGCUGCGCAACUCUUUCGUCCGUCCACCGAGAAGUCUUAUCAGGCUUUACACCACACUAGACGCGCCAUCCCCGUUUGCCGCAGCUCUUCUGGCCGCACCGUUAAGCUUGUUCACAAAGCCACCUUGCGUCACUACAAUCCGAGCGUCAGCUUAGCUCCUUUAUGGUCAUCCGUCCUAAGCUCGUCCCACAUUUGUUGA